AUGAAGCGCACGUUCACCAUCACUGGGGUCGCUCCCCGAACUCUCACUCGCUCGCUUCAGGCCAACCCGGUGGUCCUCUCCGCGAGACUCUUCGCUACCCUGCCUUCCGAGGCUAAGGUCAUCAAAUAUCACGCCACUGGCCAGCCCGAGAAGGUUCUGAAGCUCGAAACCGAGAAGCUGCCGCAGGUGGGAGACAACGAUGUGCUCGUUGGCUUCCUCGCCGCGCCCAUCAAUCCCGCCGACUUGAACAUGGUGGAGGGUGUGUACCCGAUCGGCCCGAAGGCUCCCGCCGUUGGUGGCAACGAGGGUGUUGCGGAGGUGCUCGCUGUGGGCUCCAAGGUCAAGGGAAUCGCCGUCGAUGAUUGGGUCAUCCCCGCCAAGCCUGGCUUCGGCACAUGGCGUACCCAUGCCGUGGCUCCCGAGAGCUCCCUGUUGAAGGUGAAGAAGGACAUCAAGCCCGAGUAUGCUGCCGCCAUCGCCGUCAACCCCUGCACUGCCUACAGGCUGCUCAACGAUUUCGCCGACCUCAAGCCUGGUGAUGUGAUCAUCCAGAACGGCGCCAACAGCGCGGUUGGUCAGGCUGUGAUCCAGCUUGCGGCCCAGCGAGAGGUGAAGACGAUCAACAUCAUCAGGGACAGGCCCGACCUUGGCGACACCGUCGAGCGCAUGAAGUCGUACGGCGCCUACAUGGUGGUGACCGAGGACAAGCUGGGCACCCCCGCUUUCCACAGGCUCAUCUCCGACCUGCCCAAGCCCAAGCUGGGUCUCAACUGCGUCGGCGGCACGUCGGCCACCGAGAUCGCCCGCGUGCUCGAGAAGGACAGCACGCUGGUCACCUAUGGCGGCAUGUCUCGCAAGCCCGUUCAGGUGCCCACGUCGCUCCUCAUCUUCCGCAACAUUCAGCUCCGCGGCUUCUGGCUCUCGCGCUGGGUGGAGGAGCACUCGGCCGAGGAGCGCCUCGCCAUGAUCAACACCUGCUGGGACCUCGUCAAGUCCAAGCGCCUCCGCAUGUGGGCCGAGCGCUACCCGCUCGAAGACUUUGCCGCCGCCCUCAACCGCACCACGCAGGCGCAGCGCAACCGCAAGGCCAUCCUCGUGAUGAAGCCCUGA